UCAUCACAUUCAUUUUAGCUGGUGAGGGUGCUCGCAUCAGCAACGCACUUAAGGUUAUUCAGAGAAUCAAAGAAUUAAAGAUAAAUCAUGGUGAAGAUAGCUUUUCAACCCGUGACGGCACAGAAGCCUGACAAGGAGAGCGAUGCCGAUAAGGAAGAGGUUCAUAUACCUUAUCCACAUGAAGAGUUGGUGCUUCCCCUUCAAUCCAAGAAGUCCCCAGUGAAUGGUCUGUGUUGUCUCACCUUUGGCCUUGUGGUCUUCAUGUCUGGACUGGUGCUGGCGUCAAUUUAUGUUUACCGCUACUAUUUUAUUUCUCAGACGUUCUCCCAGAUGCCAGAAGAUGUGCUCUUCAACUGUCAUAUGCUGUAUGAGGACACGGGUGUGCAUGCACCAAUGCAUGGCCGUCAGGAACUGGAGGAGAACGUUGGCAUCUACCUACAAGACAACUAUGAGCAAAUCAGUGUCCCCAUGCCUGACUUUGGUGGAAGUGACCCCGCAGAUAUCAUUCAUGACUUUCAUCGGGGUCUGACUGCUUAUUAUGACAUUGCAUUGGACAAGUGCUACGUCAUUGAGUUGAACACCACUAUUGUCAUGCCUCCAAGAAGUCUGUGGGAGCUCCUUGUGAAUGUCAAGAAGGGUACAUACCUGCCCCAGACCUACAUCGUCCAAGAGGACAUGAUGGUGACCGGUCGCGUGCGCAACCUGCGGCAGCUGGGGCCUUUCAUCCACAGGCUCUGCUACGGCAAAGAGACCUACAGACUGAGGAGGCGCAGCACGAGGAGGCGCAUUGACCGACGUGAGACCAGAAACUGUCACAAUAUUCGCCAUUUUGCAAACACAUUUGUGGUGGAGACGGUCAUCUGCGAGCGAGCGUAAAUGUGCUCCUCUGUCCUCUCCCACGCCCCGCAUCACAGCCGGUGAAGUCCCAAACUGGCCACUGGAUCUCCUCUCCAUUCAGCUUUAUUGCACUUUAACCUGCAUGGUACACUACAUGUUGUGUAAUGUAUUUGUGUUAUUUUUUUUGUUUUAUUCUGUCUUGAGUUAAAAUGUAAUGUAAUCUUAGAUUGUGAUUUUCAUGACCUUUUUUUGUAAACGUAACUUUGUUUACCUAUAAUUUUGAUCUGCAAAAUCCUUUGAACCCACUGUAAGAAGUCCCUCCAAGUUGGUUAGUGGAUUUAUCCAGUAUUCCUUAACAUUUAGGGAAGACUGUUAGAUUUUUGUAUAUGUGUUCUCGUUUUAUUUUUUUCCCCCUUUUGAUGUGCAAUGUCUAUACGGUAUUGGGGUGCCUGGUAUGAAAAUGCCGCAUGUACUAUGCACUGACUUUGUUUUAAGAUUUGUUUGUUUUGUAUUACGUUGUGUUUUCCUCCAGGUUUGGAUUUUCUGGAGGCACAUGUACAAUUCUGUUUAUUAGGAAAUCCAAAAUAUGAAGAUAUUGUCAUGAAGCCAAAACAUACCUCAUAUUUUAGAAUUUACUUGUUUGCCUAGUGUCGAGUUUGGUAUUCUUUUGCAGUGUAUAGAAGCAAUAUAUCUCAAUUUUUCAUAUCUUGAAUUUCAUAUCUCAAGAUCAGUGUUGCAUAAUGGUAGCUUGUUAAGUACAUUUUUCUCCCACUCUUUUUUUACAUGUGCUAAUGCGUACUCCAGUCCAGCAUUUCUUCAAACUUGUCUGUACAUUCUUUUGAUUAUGUGCAGUACAUGUUAUCAUUGUAUAUUCUGUGCCUACAUUCAGACAUGUUUUAGAGCGGAAAACCCUAUGGAAACCCUAUGUACAGGCUGUGGUAGCUUUUCUCAUGUCAAGUAUACCUCCUCAUUUUAAUCUACAAUUGAUGUCUGCGGUUGCAUAGCGGUCCUACUCAUUUCCUACUCCCAGUUUCAUCUGAAUUGCAUGGCAGAAUGUUUCUCUCCGGCAAGGCUAGUAUUCUCGUUAUGAUCAUUGGCCCUGAAGUUAGGGCUGAUGUUGUUCCAGAUUAAAGGGAAUGUAUCAUCCUAUUUUGAUUAAUGUUCUUCCUCGAGCUUCUGUUCCAUCUGCUUGUAAAAUUCUUACUACUUAAAAAUAAACUGCUGAAACGGA